GUCUACAGUUUUUUUUACAAAUAACUGAGGUUUAUAUUUUGGUGUACCUUAUAAUAUAAAAUAAUAUUUUCAUAUGUAGGUAGCUAUGUCAGAUAUUUUUACGUAUUCUGAAUGCAAACGAGAAGUGCCUUCGUUUAUUGAACCCCGUCCUCCACUUAUUACUAAUCCGUUUAUGAGACGCCGUCCACAAAAGGGCACUAAUCUAAUGGAUUUAUUUGAAGAAGAAUCAACAUUUGAUGAACCGGAAUUAGUGCAAGUAUAUUUGCGUUUAAAACCGUGUACCACCCCAAGCAAUUUAUACGAAGUUCGAGGUGAUAGAUAUUUGAUUACCUCUCUUGACACAACCACAGCGGGCCAUGGACGAAAGACACAACACCAUGUAUCCAAAAUGUACACUUUUUCACAUAUAUUUCCUGAGAAUAUAUCUCAAAAAGAAAUUUUCGAUCAUGUAGUAAAGGAUAAUUUAAAAAGAUUACCAGAAGGUAGAAGUUUCACCUUGCUUACUUAUGGUGCAUCAGGUUCUGGGAAAACAUACACACUUAUGGGCACUGUGGCCUCUCCUGGCUUAGUGCCAAGGUCUUUAGAAUAUUUAUUUAGUAAUCUAGAAGUCCAGAUGCAGCCAGUUUAUAAGCCAGCUGAAGGAGGCUUUGAUACUUUGAGUUAUUCUUCUCAAGAAUAUGAGCUAUUGUUUGUAAGGAGAUUAAGAAAAUUAUCUGCCCCAUUAAGAGAUAAAUAUAGAAGAAUGAGUUCUCAACUAAGAACAGAUUUAAGGGGUAGUCAUUUAGACUUAUCAAAAUCCAAGCAUUAUAUUUGGGUUUCCUUUAUUGAAAUAUACAAUGAAGGUAUAUAUGACUUACUGUCUGGGGGAACUGAUCGUAGAGCAGCAAAACUUGUCAUUCGGGAAGAUUCAAGUGGAAAUGUAUAUGUAAAGGGGGCCACACAAGCAUUUGUCCGCUCCGGUGAGGAAGCAUAUGAUGUAAUGGUAGCUGGAAAACAUAAUUUACAAGUUGCGGCGACUGGUGUACACGCACAAUCAUCGCGCUCACACUGCAUUUUCACCAUUACUAUGCUUACUGAAAAUGAUGGCAAUAUCGUGACGUCAUGCGUACGUCUAUGCGACUUGGCGGGAAGCGAGCGAGCGCGUCGUACGCGUAACACGGGAGCUCGUAUGCAGGAGUCACGUGCGAUUAAUACGUCAUUGCACGUCCUGGAGAGAUGUCUCCACUCUCUUCGACGGAAGCAGACUGCUGCUAACCGCGCUGUAGUACCUUAUCGUGAGUCGAAAUUAACCCGUCUCCUUGGCGCGGGUCUAUCGGGAACUCGCGGAGAAUCGGUCACAAUGGUUGUCACGCUUAACCCUUCACCCGAAUACGCUCAGGAGACGAGACACGUGCUACAAUUGGCCGCUGUUGCUAAGGAUUUACAAAUAAACAACACAGUUAUCGAUUACCCAAGCUCACUUGAGAGUAGCACUCAGGACUUGAAUAACAGUGGAUUUGCCGAGUUGAUGAAGCUUCGGUCCUGCAAUGAAAGACUCAACUUUGAAUUAUUACAAUGUCAAAACUAUAAUAAAAAAUUGACAGCUUUGAUAGAUGAAAAACAGGCAGAAAAUGCAGUCAAUACGCAGGACUUGGUGAAUACGGCCUAUCAGACCAGUCGGCAGUUCUAUGAGCCACAAAUAGAAGCGCUUAAUAGAGAGAUAGAGGAAUUGAGAAAAGAAUAUGAGGAAGUGAUAAGUGAUUUGAAGGAACAAAUGGCCAGGGGCUCGAAAGGACACAAGAUUGAUCAACUUAUGACUGAAAUUGCUACAUUAAAGGAAAAAUUAACGGCCGAAAAGCUAGCACGUGCAAGAGCCGAAGAAGAAAUACAGCAUUUACGAGCCUGUAUUGAAGAGAGAGAUGGAAAUGACGAAGUAUCAAACAACGAUAACAUAUCCAUAAUUGAGUCCGAUAGUGAAGAGGAACAUGACGAAUUGUGCAAUGAGAGUCUCGAACCGACAUUUAAAAAAGAAGAAAUUAAUAGGACUAGAUUACUUCGACAGAGUCUGGUAAUUGAUGACGAUAAUGGAACGGACAAUGUAUCAGAUUUAGAUGAUGACACAUUGAAAGAUGAUAGUGUCGAUUCAAGUGAUAAUGUAAUGACUACAUGUAAAAAAAAUACAUGUCAUGAUUUGGAAAAUGAAGAAUGCAAUUUGGACCUUGUCAGUUUUAAAUUGGGUACCAAGGGCUCUUUCUUUUUUAAUGAAGAUAAUGUAAUUUCUGAGAAAACAGAUGUGAGGGAUUGUGUCACUUCAAAUGACCAAUCAAAUAAAGCAAUUGAAUCUUCCAUAGAUGAAGGCUUUCAGUGUGACAGUGAGGUUGAUGAUGUACCGGAAAACCUAGUUAAGAAAAAUAUUUCCAAUGCCAAAAAAGUAUCAGACUUAAUAUAUUAUAAUAGUAGAAAUGAUUCAUUAGCUCAGUUUGAACAAUUCGAAAUGGAAUCAAAUAAUUGCAAUCCUGUAGAAUCAGAGUCGCCAAAUGAAUUUGGUAAAAAUUUACCCAGUAGCACUAAAGGUUUCUUUUAUGAUAGCGAAACACAUUCUGAAAAGGUCAUAAAAAAUAUAAAUGAUGAGAGUUCCCCACCUAUCGUUCAGGAUGACGUGAAUGACAAUUAUGAGCCCAGUAUGAUUAAAAAGCUUUUGAAAAAGAAAUUUGUUGCACUACAUGAAAAUCCCGAGCAUUUCGAUGCAAACGAAGGUACACUAAAAGAGAACAAAGAAACCGAAUUCAAAGAAAGUUUCGACUGUAUAAUUCCAGAACAUACGUUUGAAACUUCUCAUGCAUCUGUUGAUUUAUUUGAAUCACCACGUCCAGGGAAUACAGAAAUUGUUCUCAGCGAUAAGAAUAACAUGCCUAAAGAAAAUGUUGAAUCAUUAGAAAUCCCUAAAAAUUUACAACAAGAGAAAUCUCAAGAGUCAAGUAUGAGUAAAACUAUCAGUAGCUUUUCCCCUUCAGAUAAGGAUAACAUAAAUGAUAAAAGCAUAGCUGACAACAAUAUCGUAGACAACAUACGAAAACUGAGUAUUGACUAUGUUUCUCACAUUGGGGAAGUUACAGCGAAUGAUAGUAUAAAAGAAAUUAUUGUUAUCGAAACAGACGAAAAGGAAAUAAAAGAUCGCCCAUCCCUUUCAAAGUUAAUCGAAACUUCGACUAAACCACACUUUCUAGAAGAUGAAAUAAAAAUAGAAUCACAUACUUCAAUUAAUGACGCAACAUUAAAUGUUAAGUGUUCAUUACCUGAACCAUGCGAUUUGUUUAAAGUACCAUUACCAUUAAAUAAUAAUACCAAAUUGGAGAAGGUAAAAGAACAUUCAAAAUAUACCAGUGAUGUUAACGAAAAGACAUCAAAUGACAUAUCAAUUGCAAAUGUGUCUAUUAACAAUACUUUAGAUGCAUUUGAGGAAAUUUACAAGAAUAUCACCCUGCCACGUGUGACCGAAUUUGAUUUGUUGGUAUCCACCGCUGAAGAAAAAGCUCCUCCUCCACCGGAGACUGAAAAAAAAUAUAAUUUAAGACAAAAAUCUAAGAAAACCAAAACUCAACAAAUUAAAGAAGAAACACUUCAGUUAGAAAAUAAUAAAAAUGAUCAGGAAGAGAUUGAAAAAUUUACAGUCAACGAUGAAGUACUGAUUGAAAGUCAAGCAAAAUGUGAAUCAAAGCCAAAACGAAAUCUAAGACUGCGCCGGCGCAAAGACGACGGUGAAAUAAAAUUAAAGGAUAUAGCCAAUUUGCAAGCUGAAUUUAGUGACGUCACUAUGAAUUUGCCUGCGCCAACUAAACUGGUAGAAGAUAUUCCUUCGCCUACAAAGGAUGAUGAAGAAAAUAUAUCUCCAAUACUAGGCAUACAAAGCUGUCCAUCCAAAUCUGUAACUCGCAGCCGAAGAAAACUGUUUACUCCAAGAGCAGAGGCACUUGAGGAAUGUCCACAGACUGUUGACGGUGGUGAGCAAAUUCGCGUUCCGCGACCGUCCUACCACCGACCAAGAGCUCGUAGAAAGCUUUGAAAAAUCUACAACAUUCUUACCUUGUUUGAUACAGAUAACCAUUUGAAGUCAAUUAUGUUAAUUUUACGUACUGUACAAGACCCGACAAAUGCAGAUUUUUUUUUGUAGAAUUAAAGCUAUUUUUUAUUAUGACAUGCAAUUGUGUACAAGAAACUAGUUGCAUAUGUGUACUUUUAAUUUAUGGCGAGGUAUGCUUCUUUGAUUAUCUAUAUAUUAUUAUCAAUAAAUAAAUAAUGUUAUAUUC